ACACAUAUAACAGCCAAUACGAUGUUAUCUUAUCACUUGAUAUUUCUAAUGUAGUGGUAUGUAUUGCAAAUCAUAAAAUAUGAUCACGGGAUAACCAUAAAGUAAGAGUUGAACAUCCGGAAGUAUAUUUGUCGCAUUGGUUCUCAUAUAGAUUAAAUUUCUAAGUGAAGCAAAUGAUACGUUAAAUGUGAUUGAUGCAUAUACUAGUAUUUCGUUAUAUAUAUAUGCAUUACGAGUAGUUAUACUGUGUACCAGUACACUUUGCCAAAAGAAGUUUAAUAUAACGCCGGAGUGUAUGCAUAAUGGAGAUAGAGGUUCGCUACACAAAGUCGUCGUACGAAGAGGAAACGGUAGCUGUGAUAAAUGAAGGGAAGCCGUACGUAUCACCGGAAGCGUUGCACGGCAAGGGUCUCGGGGUGCUCACCACGUGCGUCUUCAUCGUCGGCGUUAUCGCUGGUUCCGGUUUUCUCACGCUGCCCAAGGCGAUGGACGACGCCGGUUGGAUAGGCUUCGUUUUAGUCCUCGUUUGCUGUUUCCUGUCCGCAUAUACAGGGGACGUGUUGGGCAAGUGCUGGACUCUCGCACAGGAGAGGAACCCUGGCCUGACUCAGGGCUGUAUUAGGUACCCAUAUCCAGCCAUCGGAGAGUUGGCUUACGGGACGUUUGGCAGAUAGCUGGUCUCGUUGUCAUUGAAUUUCACGCAGUUUGGAGCCACAGUUGUGUACGUAUUGCUGGCCGCUGAAAACAUAGUGAAAUUACUUCCGGAGGGGUCAAAGUUCAACUGCUGCCUAAUGGCACUUAUCGUCGGCUGCGUCAUGACACCAUUUACGUGGCUUGGAACGCCAAAGGAAUUCUGGGGCAUUGCCGCAAUUGCCACUCUAGCUACUGCGACGGCGAGCAUUAAUUUGUUCGUGUCUGUCAUGCUUCAAAGCGGUGACAUAGACGUGAGUGACGUCACACACUCUAACGUCACCGUCACGACGUUCUUCACUACAUAUGGAACGAUGUGCUUUGCGUAUAACGGGCAUGCGUGCUUUCCUUCAGAUCAGUCUGUUAUGAAAGAUCCGAAAAAGUUUGGAAAGGCCUUAAUCAUAGGAUAUUUAAUUGUGUUGUUGAUGUACACACCGAGCUCUGCGGCAGCGUAUUUUAUAUACGGGUCGCGGGUAGAACCAAAUAUCCUCAACACGUUACCUAAGGGUGCGACAACAACAAUAAUCUCAUUUCUUAUGACAGCGCAUAUCCUGUUCGGUAUUGUCAUCGUAGUAAAUCCAGUCUCAUAGGAAGUGGAACACAUUCUAAAGGUUCCGGAGCGAUUUACAUGGAAGCGUAUCUUGACUCGAACCACUGUGAUGGGGGCCGUUUUGUUCGUUGCCCUUUCUGUCCCACAUUUCUCCUCCAUUUUCUCGCUCGUAGGGGGUUCAACAAUUACCAUCCUCUCCUUUAUAUGCCCGGCCUUAUUUUACUUGAAGUUAUGGAGGGCCACUAAAACUACGUCCGAAAGGUUCAUUCCAUUACAUGUGCGUGUACUUCUCUACGAGAUUAUUUUCGUUGGACUGGUUGCCGGCAUAGCGACCACUUACUCCGCGGUGGCAGAUCUAGCCGGGAACAAAUUUACGGUUCCUUGCUAUGUAGACGCUUCAAGGGCAUGUCCCGCUCGUGCCGGAUGAGGAUAGGGACAGCUUAGAAAGCAAACACAUAGUGCAUAUACAUUGGUGAAAUAUAUUUUAGAUGGGUUGGACACCGAUGAGCGGUAAAAUAGAAAUACCGAAUAGAAUUUCCAAAAAUGAUCGGCAUAUUCCAUUACAGAAAUGGUGAUUUUCUCGGUAUUUGUUACCAUAUAAAUACAAUUAAUACAUUUAAUUUUUAUCAUAGUUUUGGUCGUAAUCGAAACAAGAAUGCAAUCUACUAAUCGUUACAAAAACCAAAACUGAGCUAUGAUUGUGCAUCAGCGUUAUUUCAUUGUUUUACUGUAUAGAUGAUCAUCCGUUUGUAUUUGCAUUUUGAAAUUGCUAUUAAAAAUAAUAAAUAACACAAA